UGUUUUUGCUAAAUUGAUGAACCCAAAAUAGAACAAAUUUUUAUUUAAAUACCAGAUAAUAUGGUAAAGACCGUGAAAUGGGUUAAUCCUUUAAACAAACGUUUUCUAAGUUAAAGAUACCGGCUAUACAUUAAGGUAAAAUUCCUUAAUUUAAACACUCCAAGUCUCAAGUCAAAUGUGCAAGAGCAGUGCCUAUGGAUAUCAGCAGCACCGGUCCACAAAGCAACCAAGUUAGCAUCAUCAAUGCUCUUUCACGCUCGUCAGUAUCACUCUGUUUCUCUAACAUUCAUUUUUAAUUUUCUUCCAGCAUGCACUCCAACUGUUUGAUAAAAUUCCUCUAUGAAAAUUUAAUUUGUUAUAAGUUCUGUUAUUCUCCUCAAAUGCUACUUGGUUGUGCUGCUGUUGAUGGGUUUGCACAUUUUAUUGUUAGGUUGCUGAAUAGACUUAUCAUGAUUAGUAACUUUGAGAUCCCAUUAAGACUGAACUUUGGUUAAAAAGCUCAGUAGAAGGCAAUAUGAUGAUGCUUCAAAUCAACAAUUCUAAGUCUUUCAAAACCCAAUUUGGUCCUUUUAACUCAUUUAUCCAAAAGAGAUGGAAAAAACCAGCUGAUACUGCCCAAACCCGCUUGGAGAAUCGAACCAGAGAUUUAAAACUUGACAAACUUGCAACUGACCUCAAGAAGCUCAAAAUUAUUCAUCGAAUCUACGAGCUCAUGAUGCGUAGAAAACGAGGUCCUUUUGUAUCUGUACAAAUUAUAUCUUGGUGGAAGAACAUUGUUGGAUUGAAUAUAAAUAUGGGUGAAUUUCUCAACAAGUACCCGCACGUGUUUGAGGUAUUUACUCACCCCGUUAGGCGGAAUUUGUGUUGUAGAGUAACGAGGAAAAUGCGGGAUUUAAUUAAUGAAGAAGACAAUGUUACUAAAGAGUGUGAAUUAGAAUCUGUGAGGAGAGUAAAGAAGUUGUUAAUGAUAUCCAAAAGUGGGAUUCUUCACGUUCAUGCGUUGAGGUUGAUCAGACGAGAAUUGGGGUUGCCAGCAGAUUUUAGGGACUCAAUUUUAGCUAAGUAUAAAGAUCAUUUUAGGUUGGUUGAUUUAGAAAAUGUGGAGUUAGUCAGUCCAGAUGACGAUUUGGGAGUGGCUAAAAUCGAAAAUUGGAGGGAAAGGGAGUAUAGAGAGAAGUGGUUGAGUGAGUUUGAGAUAAAAUUUGCUUUUCCCAUUAGUUUCCCGACUGGCUUUAAGAUUGAAAGAGGUGAAAGAGUAAAAAUGAAGAAUUGGCAAAGACUUCCUUAUCUAAAGCCUUAUGGAACAAAGGAAUUUGUUAAGAUGCGUACUUCUGGAGGUGUGGAGCGAUAUGAGAAGAGGGUUGUUGCAAUUAUACAUGAGAUGUUGAGCUUGACAGUUGAGGGGAUGAUUGAAGUUGAAAGACUGGCUCAUUUUAGAAAGGAUCUAGGCAUGGAAGUAAAUGUGCGUGAAUUGCUUUUGAAACAUCCUGGAAUUUUCUAUAUUUCAACCAGGGGAAGCACUCAUAUUGUGUUUCUAAGAGAAUUAUAUGCCAAAGGAAGUAUGAUUAAUCCAAACCCAAUUUCCGCUGUACGGGGAAGAAUGUUGAACCUUGUCUUAAUGGGAUGUCGUAAUACAAGAGAAUUGCCAUCCCAAGAGGAAGUUACUCCGGGUGAUAGCAGUUUGGUUCCAUUGACAAACAUUGGAGCCAAGGCAGGUAGUCAUUGGGUUCUCCCAAUACUUGAAAGUCUUAAUACUGGAAAUGACAAUUUCGUAAUGCUACAUCUGAGGAACAGUUGAGAGAUUCUAUGACAGUGGAAGCAGUGGAAUGAUGCAUGAAUUGGUUAAUGAUGGUUUUUAAUUUUAUUUCCAAUGGAAGCUGUUGUGGCGUUACUUUUGAUAUCCGAAUGUUGCUGCAAGUGCUAUCCGCACAAGACGAUCCCCGGCUAUCCUUGAAGUAACAAGUACUUGUGAGUUGCAUCUAUAUUUUUAACGCUGGUAUAAAUUUGGAUACUUGGAAAUGUAAACUCUGCCAGUACUUGAUCCUUAUGCCGCUCUCCUCCUUUGAUCAUCUCGAUUUUACUGAAGGGGAUUUGAACAACUCGAUUUUUACAGAUAUAAGGUAAAAGUGAUAAGGGGCUGAAGCGUCAAACGAUAAUUUUCAGAGAAAAUCGUCCGGGUGACGAGUUAUCGAUUUGCUUGCUGGAAUCCAAACAGAUAUUAUUAGUGCACAACAGUGGACUUGGAGGAUUAAAAACGUAAUUAGCACAUGAAUAGCUCAUAAAAAUCCAAAUAGAUUGUAAUUGAAAUCCAAAAAUUGGACUAAUUGCAAUGUCUUAGAAGUUUAUGGGCCAAUUUGCGAGUUUUACGGACUAAAAUUGACCUUAACCUAACCUAUAGGGUCAUAGAAGCCAUUUUAAAUAAUUUUGGGUACCAAAACUAAUUUUUAACACCCCUUUGCUUAGUCAUUAUUAUUUAGAGAAAUUUUUAGGUAGACUCAGUCUAUCACGUCAUCCGUGGACUAAAUCUAUCAUAUUAUGACACGUCAUUAAAAUAAUGGCACUAUCUUAAUAUUCCUAUUCAAAAUUGUAAAUAAGUACUAAACAAAAUUACGAUAGUGCCAUUAUUUUAAUGACAUAUCAUAAUGUGAUAGGUUAGUCCACAGAUGACGUGGUAGACUGAGUCUACCUAAAAAUCUCUCUAUUAUUUAUUACGAAUUUUGUAAAUAAACAUUAUCUAACCUAAUUACCUAAUAUGUAUAUAUAACCUAAUUACCUAAUGUAAAUAUAAGUCUAACCUAAUCACCUAAUAUAAAUAUGCAUAUAAGAUAACUAACAUAAUAAUCUAGUCUGCAGAUACCUUACCUUUUUAAAUUUAAUCAACAUAACAACAUAAUACCUUGCCUUUUUAACCCUUUUUAACCUAAUAAUGUAGAUAUCUUACAUAAUAAUAUAAUACACUACCUAUUUUAAUAUUUAAAUUAAUACAUACUUAACUUAUAUAAACCCUAGGUAAAAUGAUAAAUAGACGCUAACCCUACCUAAACUUAAGCACUAAUCAAACUCUAUAAAUACUACUACUAACUAAACCCUAAGGGGUGGAAAAUUUUAAUAACAAAAAAACAUGGAAACUCUAAGAAAAACACCACCACAACCGAACCACCUAGAAAAUCUUCACACACACACACACCACACGACAAAAUCUAGUCCGGAAAUAAGCUAUUACGCUUUAGUUCACUAAUAAUACGCUACUAUGCACUAAUUCAAAUUUUGAUUCCGCAUCCAAAUUGCCAGAAAACGAGUCAAGGAUUAAAAACAGUACUAUUGAGGACUCUCCCAGCACUUUUUAUGGCAUCAUAUUCAUACUUGUUGAAUUUGAUUGCAUAUUCAAUUAUUUUUAAUAAAAAUAAUUAUCACGUUUUUAGCUUUAAAUAGCUUCAAAAACAUAUUUUUCAAAUGAUUUCAAAUACAUAGCAUGUUUAUUAGUUAAAUCUCAUUGAUUUUGGUGCGUUUAAUCUAUGUUUUUUUGAGUGUUUGCAUGAGAAAAUGGAGCAAAAACGAUGAAAUGAAGCUGCUGCCCAGACGACCAACCGACGCCGCCCACGCCGCCAGUCAAACUGCCGGCGCCGGUAGUGUAAGGUGCCGCCGCCGACACUGUGAGCGGUGGCACAGCCUGUUCUUCCCCCCAGAACCCAAUUUUUUCAGAUUUUCAUAUUUUGAUCCAAAACAUAUUUUAGGUUUCCGGGCUCGUUUGGGCUCGGUAUUAGGCUAAUUUGAUUCCAAAAAUAUUGUUUUAGUUGUAGAAUCCAAUUGUAAAGUUUAAUUGGGCUUAACCUGCUGUUU